AUGUUGGUGGCAACAAGUCUUUCUGACGGCUUUCACGGAACUCUACACCACCGCGAACAGUACUUUAUUGGAACGCAGAGAAAGACAUGGAAUAUGGCAGACAGCAGAUCUAGGAGACACCGUGACUCUGAGCCCUACAAAACCACAAUGGACGAACCCCUCAUUGUCGCGCCUGACAAUUCUAUCCUCUACGCCUCAGCAGCGUCAUUCUGCCCAAUGCCAAACAAUCCCGUCCGUGUGCCGGAUGAGUACUUCUACGGCGCCAGCAGUCAGCUCGACCCAAUGGGCUCCUGCUACUCAGCACCCCAACCUCAACCUCAAACCUACGUCAACCAAACCCAAUACUAUCCCACUACAACUUUGAGCCAAACCCCCAGUAGCAGCAACACACAAUGGCUUCACCCCUCACAAGCCGCCUCACACCAUCAACACCAGUCUUAUCAGGACGCCAUCCCGUCCCCAGACCUUGAUCCAGACUUCGACUUCGACCUUGAUCUCGACCAAGGUUCCUUCUCUUCCCCUUCCCCUUCUUACCAUCACAUCCACUACCAAACUAGUCGAUCCGACCCUUCCAACAACCCUGAUAACCAGAGCCACGCCCAGUGCCCGUCCCGCACCCCCUCCACAACCUCCGCUUCAUCAACACACAACAAUACCAACAGCAAAGACCUUUCUCUCUAUGGCAUUCCCUCCCCAACUCACCCCGGGGCCUGGCGUUGCGCUUACCCAUCCUGUUCUUCGCCCUCGUUGUUCCGACGGGGUUGCGAUCUCCGUAAGCACUACAACCGGCACCGCAAACAUCUCUUCUGCCGACACGACGGAUGUCCGCAGUCGAAUCCACAGACACCAGGGGCCGGAUUCAGCUCUAAGAAGGACCGUGAUCGUCAUGAGGCUAAACACAACCCGGAAAUUGCCCUAGACGCCGGUCCCGGAAUGAAUAGACGAGGACCCCGUAAUAUGCAGACAACUUGCAACGCUGAAAAUACCAUGCAAAGGAGACGAGAAAAGCGAGAACAAAACGAACGAGGAGAGAUCAGAAAGAUCAAAUCAAGUACGCCGAAACCGAAACCAGGUAACACUCCACGCUCCGUCUUUGCUCCCCGUUACGGCCGAGGGGAGCAAAGUGAAUGCAAGAACGAAUGA